CCUGUCCAUCUGGCCCAGGUGAGUUUCGUCAUCCCAGCCUUCAACUCAAACUUCACCCUGGACCUGGAGCUGAACCACCACCUCCUCUCCUCACAAUAUGUGGAGCGUCACUUCAGCCGGGAGGGGACAACCCAGCACAGCACCGUGAGUGCCUCUGCAGGGGCCUGGGCCAGGGUGAAAGGGAGGUGCUGUUUCUGUGGUUCUGAGGUCACAGGUGUAGGGACAGGUGACUGCUGGAGAUGGGGUCCUGGCCUGGCCCCUCAGCACCUUCCCUCUCUCCCCACCCAGGAGGCUCUGAGGGUGGACGGUGGGCAGCUUGAGUGCAUGGGGCCCUGAGCUCCCCUCACUUGGCCCCAGAGCUCUGACUCCCAGCCAGCCCACCUGCCUUGCAUGGGGCCUACGGGGACCCUCAUUGUUCCGUGCUGGCUGCCACGAAUCCCCUCUUCAGAUUCUUCUGACAGGGGCAGCUGAGGAAAGGCCCUUCAGUACCAAGGCCCCGGGAAAUCCCAGCUGCCUGGGACACCAGGGUCUCAACCCUGCAGGCCCUAGAGCCUGAAAAUGAAUGAGUGUCUAUAAAUAGUCUGUCUCCCCCCACCCCUCCACCUCCCCGCCACACCCCCGUCUGUUCAGUAACUGGAGCACAAGUAAUUCUGUAGGAGGCAGAGCUGGAGGGGGAGGGUGCCGCUGGUCAUUCCCCCCAUCCCGCCCCAACCCACGAGGCUGGCCAGGAGGACACAUGCUGCCCAGCACUCCUCAGCCAACCACGGACCCAGGGUCAUCCCGGGAGGCAGUGCAUGAGGUUGUGUGUGAUGUACAUGAUUAAAUGAGAUAAUACAUGGUUAGUGCACAGAACAGUGCUGGGCCCACGGUAGGUGCUAAAUGUACAUUGCCUGUUAUUCUCAAAGGAGUCUGAUCCCUUCUCCAGCCCCAGCAAAUGACUAAGAACCCUUGCUGUAGGCCAGGCACCUAUAAUCCCAGCACUUUGGGAGGCCAAAGCAGGCAGACCACCUGAGGCUAGGAGUUUGAGACCAGCCUGGCCAAAAUGGUGAAAACCUGUCUCUACUAAAAAUACAUGAGAAUAGCUUGAACCCGGGAGGUGGAGGUUGUAGUGAGCCGAGAUUGUGCCACUGCACUCCAGCCUGGGUGACAGAGCGAGACCCUGCCUCAAAAACAAACAAACAAAAAGAACCAUUGCUGUAGUCCAGCUUCCUUAUUUUAUACAUGAGGUGAAGGAGGCCCAGAGAGGGGUAGGAAUUUGCCCGGGGUGGCACAGCAAAUUAGGAGCACCGCCCAUUUAGAAACAGGCUCCAGAGCCCCAGGUGUACCCAGAGAUUGUGUGACCUGAACACAGGGCAGCUUCAGUGGCCCCCAAAAAGCCUUGAGGCCCGUCGGCCACCCCCUACCCCUUGCCAGAGUUCUGCUCCUCCAGGGGGCUGGAGACCACUGCUACUACCAGGGGAAGCUCCGGGGGAACACGCACUCCUUCGCCGCCCUCUCUACCUGCCAGGGGCUGCAUGGGGUCUUCUCUGAUGGGAACGUGACUUACAUCGUGGAGCCCCAAGAGGUGGCUGGACCUUGGGGAGCCCCCCAGGGACCCCUUCCCCACCUCAUCUACCGGACCCCUCUCCUUCCAGAUCCCCUCAGAUGCAGGGAACCAGGCUGCCUGUUCACUGUGCCUGCCCAGUCGGCUCCUCCAAAUCAUCCAAGGCUGAGAAGGAAAAGGUCCGCCGGGGCCACCCUACAGUGCACAGUGAGACCAAGUACGUGGAGCUAAUUGUGAUCAAUGACCACCAGCUGUUCGAGCAGAUGCGACAGUCGGUGGUCCUCACCAGCAACUUUGCCAAGUCCGUGGUGAACCUGGCCGAUGUGAUAUACAAGGAGCAGCUCAACACUCGCAUCGUCCUGGUUGCCAUGGAAACAUGGGCAGAUGGGGACAAGAUCCAGGUGCAGGAUGACCUCCUGGAGACCCUGGCCCGGCUCAUGGUCUACCGACGGGAAGGUCUUCCUGAGCCCAGCGAUGCCACCCACCUCUUCUCGGGCAGGACCUUCCAGAGCACCAGCAGUGGGGCAGCCUACGUGGGGGGCAUCUGCUCCCUGUCCCGGGGUGGGGGUGUGAAUGAGUACGGCAACAUGGGGGCGAUGGCCGUGACCCUGGCUCAGACGCUGGGGCAGAACCUGGGCAUGAUGUGGAACAAACACCGGAGCUCAGCAGGGGACUGCAAGUGUCCCGACAUCUGGCUGGGCUGCAUCAUGGAGGACACUGGGUUCUAUCUGCCCCGCAAGUUCUCGCGCUGCAGCAUCGACGAGUAUAACCAGUUUCUGCAGGAGGGUGGUGGGAGCUGCCUCUUCAAUAAGCCCCUCAAGCUCCUGGACCCCCCAGAGUGCGGGAACGGCUUCGUGGAGGCAGGGGAGGAGUGCGACUGCGGCUCCGUGCAGGAGUGCAGCCGCGCGGGUGGCAACUGCUGCAAGAAAUGUACCCUGACUCAUGAUGCCAUGUGCAGCGACGGGCUCUGCUGUCGCCGCUGCAAGUACGAGCCACGGGGUGUGUCCUGCAGAGAGGCCGUGAACGAGUGCGACAUCGCGGAGACCUGCACUGGGGACUCGAGCCAGUGCCCCCCUAACCUGCACAAGCUGGACGGUUACUACUGUGAUCAUGAGCAGGGCCGCUGCUACGGAGGUCGCUGUAAAACCCGGGACCGGCAAUGCCAGGCCCUUUGGGGCCAUGUGGCUGCUGAUCGCUUCUGCUACGAGAAGUUGAAUGUGGAGGGGACGGAGCGUGGGAGCUGUGGGCGAAAGGGAUCAGGCUGGGUGCAGUGCAGUAAGCAGGACGUGCUGUGUGGCUUCCUCCUCUGUGUCAACAUCUCUGGAGCUCCUCGGCUAGGGGACCUGGUAGGAGACAUCAGUAGUGUCACUUUCUACCACCAGGGCAAGGAGCUGGACUGCAGGGGAGGCCACGUGCAGCUGGCAGAUGGCUCCGACCUGAGCUACGUGGAGGAUGGCACAGCCUGCGGACCCAACAUGCUAUGCCUGGACCAUCGCUGCCUGCCAGCCUCUGCCUUCAACUUCAGCACCUGCCCCGGCAGUGGGGAGCGCCGGAUUUGCUCCCACCAUGGGGUCUGCAGCAAUGAAGGGAAGUGCAUCUGUCAGCCAGACUGGACAGGCAAAGACUGCAGUAUCCACAACCCCCUGCCCACAUCCCCACCCACGGGGGAGACAGAGAGAUACAAAGGUCCCAGCGGCACCAACAUCAUAAUUGGCUCCAUCGCCGGGGCUGUCCUGGUUGCAGCCAUCGUCCUGGGCGGCACGGGCUGGGGAUUUAAAAACAUCCGCCGAGGAAGGUAUGACCCGACCCAGCAGGGGGCAGUGUGAUGCCGGCCACGUCAUUCCUCCCGCUGUCCUUGUCUCCUCCAUCUCAUUCGUCACCCCGCGUUCUGUGGAUGGGGAGUGGGAGCUGAUUCCCCCACUCCUGCUGCCAAGCUGUCCCGGCAGGGGUGGGAGAGCCUCACUCGGGGAAGAAGGUCCCAGCCUGCCCUCAUCCUCGCCCGCCACCCACUCAGGCCUCGCGUCCUUCUCAUGUGCCUGGCCUGGGCCAGACCUUCCCCCGCCACCAGGUGGACCCUAGACCUGGAGCUGUGCCUCUGGCAGUCCCCAUCCCUGGGAGGGGCCUCCCUGUGCGUCCCAUCUGUUUUGUCUUCCAUGUCACCACUGUCUGACCUGCAGAUCCCCUCCCCGGCCAGCCUGUGACUUGCCGCCUGCCUCCAGAGCCUAGCGCUGAGCUCCAGGGCCCUGCUGGGGGGGCUCUACCCCGUGGCCCCUGCUCAUGUCCUCCCCUGAUGCCCCCUCUCCGUUCCAGGUCCGGAGGGGCCUAGGUGCCACCCCCCUCCCUCCAAGCCUGGCACCCACCGUCUUGGCCCUGAACCGCGAGGCUGCCCCCAUUCAGCCACGGAGGGAGGCACCAUGCAAAUGUCUUCCAGUUCCAAACCGUUCAACUCCUGGCCCCGCAGGGGUUUGGGCGGGGGCUGUGGCCCUGCUCUUGGCACCAUCAGGGUGGACCAGGCCUGGAGGGCGCUUCCUCCACAGUCCCCCUCCCACCUCCUGUGGCUCAGCCUUGCACACCACUCCCCGGUGUGAAUGUAGCUUCCAUUUCACGGAUUGCCACAGCUAACUCGAGGGCCUGGAGGGAUGCCCCCAGGCAGCCGCCAGUGGACCUGGCCUGGCUGGCCCCUCCUUGCAACCAGGCAGCUGAGACCAGGGUCUUACCUCUCUGGGACCUAGGGGGAAGGGGCUGACAUCUACAUAUUUUUAAACUGAACCUUAAUAGAUGAAUGUAAACUUGGGGGUGCUGGGGCCAGGGCAGUUGGGAUGUUCUGACACUGACAGGAGGGCCCGGAGGAACUGAGGUGUGGCUGUUCCCCAGACCCUCACCCAGGAUGACCACACCUGAAGUCCUGUCACUGAGCAUGGGCAGGGGCCGGGCAUCCCAGCUUGCCCCCACCCAGCCCCACUGAGCUUGGAGGAAGUAUGAGUGCUGAUUCAAACCAAAGCUGCCUGUGCCGUGCCCAAGGCCUAGGUUAUGGGUACGGCGACCACAUGUCCCAGAUCGUCUUCAAUUCCAAAACAACCAUCCUGUCCCUGUCAGGAUGCAGGGAUCUGGGGAGAGGGGAAUCUAGAAAAUAUAGUCCUUGAAAUAAAAUGGCACCUUCCCCCUUUCAAGAAGGGUGAUUCUGGGGCCAACUCAGGGUUUAGGUGCCCCCUGGUGUGGCCUAGAUGCCCCCACCUGGGCCGUCUUUCCAGGGAGGACUCUGGAGGUGAGGCCUAGGUGGCCCUGUGCCUGCAGGGUUAGGGCUCUGCCUAGGACAAGCAGGAGGAGGUAGGAUAGGGAGAUGAUCCCAGGCUGCCCCAUCAAGUCCAUUCCACUCCCUCCCCAAUUCCAGGGCCGAGUAGUAAGUUUACAGAAGAUUCCCCCAUUAUAUGCCCCGUCCAUCCGUCCCUGCUGCAGCUGAGCCUGAGAGCCAAGUGGAGCUCCUCAGUCUUCACACAGUCCUGCUGGUGGCCUUCCCUCACGACCCUGGCUUCAGAGGAAGGAGCUCUGGCUCCUUGACCCUGAAAGAUAGCUGGUAGGGGCCAGAUGGGGGCCAGCUACCGGAUGGAUGAAAGCCACAAGUGAAUGCAGUUCCUGUCGCCAGGGGCACCCUGGCAGGGAGCUCUGAAACCCCCAGGCCCAUGAGCUGUUUGUUUGAGCCCCUUCUGUUUCUGGGGCACCUUUGAGGAGGAGUUGCAGAGGGAAUCAUUCCCUGUUAAUUCACACCACCCUCAGGGGAAAACAGGCCUGGGACUGGCUGACCCCAUUUGGGUGGCUGGAUGUACCUGACAGCAGUGGGGUCCAAAUACCAUGCUCCAGCUGGCACUGCCCACUCAAGGGCUGAGUGGAGGCACCCCUUGGGCCAGCUCUGCUCCACCAGCCCUGCAAGCUGAGGCGGGGCAGGGAAGGGCUGGGUGUUCCCUGUUGCUGCGCUACCUGAAGGCAUCCGUCCUUGGGUGUGCACCCGUGCACAGGCACAGUGCGUCUGGGCACAGCAUCUGGAUCCACAUCUCUGCACAAGUGUGAAUACCUCUGCACACAUGGGCAUGUCUGUGUGUGCACGUGUACAUAGGGGUGGGGAACAUGAGACUUCCUGUGACCAGCCACCCUGGCUCCCAGUUGUCUGCAUCUCCCUACCCCACCCUAGUGAGUGCCUGCCCUGGCAGAGCCCAGGGAGGAGUGGAGGCUGCCUCUGCCUGGGCCUUCACACAGCAUCCUGUACAUACAUCACCUGGGGUGGGGGGUGGGGAGGCAGGGACAGGAGAAUCAAUUAAAGAUCACAUCCUGGGGCUUCCAGGGAGCUCACACUAA